AUAGUACUUAGGUACCUACUUAGGUGUCUACUUAGGUACAUGUGUAUGGGUAACCAAAUAACCAACCAACCGGCCUAUAACAUUCCAUUCUCAACCAACACCAUCUCAGACUAUGAUAGGAUGAACCUCCUCUCCUCAACUGACCACCCAGUCACGUACCUACCUAACCCCCUAUCUACACAGUACCUACGGACUACCACUCCCAUCGUCCCACGCGAAGAAAGCCACACUUCUCCUUCCUACCUACCUAUAGGCCCCCUCACCCCCAUUAAUCAAUCAAACAUGUUUGCUUCACCUUUCUUUCCAAACGACCGAGCAUUUUCUCCUUUCGUUAAUUGAUUGACUGACCGUCUGAUUGCUUGUCCCGUUUGAUCAUGGGACUUGAUUUGAAUCUAAUUCGACAGAUUGUCGGGUUAGGUAAGGAAGGAAGUGCUGGGCGGCGGCGACGGCGGCGACGGCGGCGAUAGUUCCCUUGGAGUUAUUCGGCGUAAUGCGAUGCGACGCGACGCCACUGAGAUCAUAUUGUUUGUUUGAUGGGGGUUGGGUCUU